AUGUCCCAAACAGGCCCCCAUGUCCUAAACCGGCCCCCAUGUCCCAAACCGGGCCCAUGUCCCAUACAGGCCCCCGUGUCCCAAACCGGCCCCUGUGUCCCAAACCGGCCCCAUGUCCAUAACUGGCCCCCGUGUCCCAAACCGGGCCCAUGUCCCAAACCAGCCCCCAUGUUCAAAACUGGCCCCCAUGUCCCAAACCGGCCCCCAUGUCCCAAACCGGGCCCAUGUCCCAAACUGGCCCCCAUGUUCCAAACUGGCCCCCAUGUCCUAAACAGGCCCCCAUGUCCCAAACUGGCCCCAAUGUCCCAAACUGGCCCCCAUGUCCUAAACACGCCCCCAUGUCCUGAACCAGCCCUGUGUCCCAAACCAGCCCCCAUGUCCCAAACCGGCCCCCAAGUCCCAAACCGGCCCCCAUGUCCCAAACCGGCCCCCAUGUCCCAAACUGGCCCCCAUGUCCUAAACCGGCCCCCAUGUCCUAAACAGGCCCCCAUGUCCCAAACUGGCCCCAAUGUCCCAAACUGGCCCCCAUGUCCCAAACUGGCCCCCAUGUCCCAAACCGGCCCCCAUGUCCCAAACCGGCCCCCAUGUCCCAAACCGGGCCCAUGUCCCAAACCGCGCCCAUGUCCCAAACCGGCCCCCAUGUCCCAAACUGGCCCCCAUGUCCCAAACCGGCCCCCAUGUCCCAAACUGGCCCCCAUGUCCCAAACCGCGCCCAUGUCCCAAACCGGCCCCCAUGUCCCAAACUGGCCCCCAUGUCCCAAACCGGCCCCCAUGUCCCAAACCGGCCCCCAUGUCCCAAACUGGCCCCCAUGUCCUAAACCGGCCCCCAUGUCCCAAACCGGGCCCAUGUCCCAAACUGGCCUCCAUGUCCUAAACCGGCCCCCAUGUCCCAAACCGGGCCCAUGUCCCAUACAGGCCCCCGUGUCCCAAACCGGCCCCUGUGUCCCAAACCGGCCCCCAUGUCCAUAA